AGCCCAAGCGCUUCUGAUCAUCACACUCACCCAUCUAUCUUACAUUCUUACUUCUUCCAUUGUAGCUUAGCCAUUUGGCAUCACCUCGCCAUGGGCGCUAACAAGCUGGUCUUGUCCGUUGCCAUCGUCGUCCUCCUAAGCAUAGGGCUGUCCAGAGCCAUUAGGGUGGUGAACCACGCCGCCACCGCCGACGGCCAAGGCAGCGGGGGUGGAGGCGGCGGCGGGACCGGCAAUAGCCAGGCCUCUGGCUACGGGUCCGGUCACGGGACGUCCGAGGCGUACGACCAGAACAGCUACGUCUAUGGCACCGGAGGAGGCCGCGGCGGCGGCAGCUGGCAAGGCAGAGAGAAGUCUGCGGCUGGCUACGGAGCUGGCGGCGCGUCCGGCUCGGGCCACGGCGACGCGAGCAACACGGAUGCCGGCGGUUCCUCUACGAACGCGAAUGGCCAAGGCGGCGGUGGUGGCUCCGGAGGGAGCGCCGGGGAGGGCAGCGGCUCCGGCUCCGGCGACGGAAGCGGGUCAGGGAUAAGUGAUACCUAUGGACCAGCCGGUUCGAGCUACGCCAACAGCGGAGGGGGCGGAGGUGGCGACGCCGGCGGUAGCAACGAUGGGUUUGCCAGUGGUUCUGGAGGUGGAUCAGGGAGCAGCGGCGGUGAGGCAAAGGCCUCUAUGCACGUCACAGCAGCAUCCGCAACAACAAGUUACCAUUGUUGGAUUACUUGGUGGAAG